UUAUACAAGAAUGAAUGUUGAAAGAUUCGAGUAUCUCUUGAGUUUAAUUGGUCCACUGUUAAAGAAACGAAAAAUGUACACUACUCUUUUACCCUCUCAGAGACUUGCCAUAACAUUAAGGUUCUUGGCAGCAGGAGACAGUCAGGGUACUCUGAGCUUUUCCUAUAGAUGUGGCAAGAGCACUAUCUCUCAGAUCCUGGCUGAAACUACUCGAGCACUUGUAAGUGUUUUGAAGAAUGCAUUUGUAAAGCCUCCUGCAAAUGAAGCGGAGUGGCGUGAGGUGGCUGCUGGAUUUUGGGAAGAAUGGCAGUUUCCCCAUUGUGUGGGAGCCAUCGAUGGGAAGCACAUUCAAAUGCAGGCCCCACAAGCUUCUCAAAGUAUUUACUUUAAUUACAAGAAAACAUUUAGCAUAGUUCUAUUGGCAGUUUGUGAUGCAUACUACAAUUUCAUCAUGCUCGAUGUAGGAGCAGAAGGCUCACAAAGUGAUGGCGGAAUUUUUCAAUCGUCUGAAAUGGGUCGGCGAUUGAAUGAUGGAUCUAUUAAUUUGCCAAAUUCGAGUAACCUACCAGAAACUGAUAUUGAUAUGCCUUAUUUCCUUGUAGGAGAUGCAGCUUUCCCUCUGAAAUCUUACCUAAUGAAACCCUAUGGCGAACGUAACAUAUCUCAUGACAAGUCUGUGUAUAACUUUAGGUUGAGCAGAGCAAGAAGAGUGAUUGAAAAUGCCUUUGGCAUUUUAGCAGCUCGUUGGAGAGUUUUUCGUCGCCCUAUUAUUAGUAAAGAAGACAAUGUGGAAAGCAUUAUUGAAUGUACUAUUUGCCUCCACAAUUUCAUCCUUAAGACAGGCAACAAGAAACUCAACCUGGAGUACUGCCCUCCUUCGUUUGUGGAUCAAGAAUUGCCAACUGGCGAAUUGAUAGAAGGAGAAUGGCAUGAUGUUGUCAGUGGGGAAAAUGGAGCCAUCAUUAAUGGUCCACGGAUGGGUGCAAGAAAUGCUGCUCUAGGAAUUUUAAAACAGAGAGAUGCACUGAAGGAAUUCGUGAAUGGGCCUGGGGUUAUGCGCCAUCAAGACACUAUUGUGAGGAUCCGGCAAGGAAUUAUCCCCCCUCAAGAUCUACACUUACUGCCAUGAGUUUUUUUUUUAAUUAAAUAAAUCUUAAUACAAAACAUGAAUAAA